CAAACCUGAAUUGCCGACCACCACAACUCUGUCAUCGGUUAAGAGUUCACAAUAUGUCGUCGCCUGCUGUUGGACCGGAUGCGCUAGCCCCCGAGAUCAAGGAAGAGGACUCCAUUGUUGCGGACAACGGUGCGCCAGAUGCAGUCGAGGAUGGACCAGCACCUUCGACUCUGCCGGAAGCUGGCCUCACCAAGAAGGAGUAUGAUAUGAUGACUGGCAUUUUGCACCGCAUAAGUAAUUACCGCGAUGAAGAUGGCCGAGAUGUUUCCAAAGACUUUCAGCGAGUUGUAAACAGACGAGUGAUUCCUGACUACUUCGAUAUCAUAAAGGAGCCAGUCGCGCUCAGCACGCUUCGGCAAAAAAUUAGCAAGAAACAAUACGCAACCUUCAAGGAGUUCGUGAGGGACUUCGCGCUCAUCUCUCAUAACGCACAAGUCUACAACCGACCUUCUGCCCUUGUGUACGGUGAUGCCAUAACCCUUCGAGAGCUCUUCAAGGCCGAGUUAAAGAAGCUGGUUGAUAGCAAUACCAUAACUGCUGAGGAUGCUGAGCUCCCAGACCUUGGAGAAAUCCCCGAAGUCGAAGAUUCCCCACCUCCCGAUCCCGAAGACGAAGAAGCAGAGCCAGAAGAGGAGGAGGAUGAAGACGAGGAGGAUGAGGAGGAGGAUGAAACCGAUGAUGAUCGCCCAAGAAGAAAUCGAAAGCGGAUACGACGCUCAUCUGCGACUGUUAAGCGUGAUGGGAAGGCCGAGGACGGAGGCAAGGACGAUCCUGACUCCCAGAAGAAACGCGGUCGACCACCGAAGGUACACACGCCUAUGGAGGCUCGUAUCAACACACUUUUGAAAGGGUUGAGGAAAUUUAAGAACCCAGGAGGAGACCUAAAGAUUCUACCAUUCGAGAAGUUGCCAGACAAAUCCCAGAUGCCUGAAUAUUAUCAGGAAAUCAAGAACCCUAUCGCCAUGGACUUGAUCAAGAGAAAGGCGAAGAGAAAGAAGUACCACUCCGUUGACCAGACCUUGAAGGACUUGGACCUUAUGUUCGAAAACGCAAAGUCAUAUAACCUGGAGACUAGCCAGGUCUACCAAGACGCAGUUGAUCUGCAAAAAGAGGCUAAAGCCCUUGCAGAACAGGAAAAGAAGAAGCCCGAUAGCGACUUUGUGGAUGAAGACGGUCGGCUUCCAUUGCCUGAGAUUCUUUACAACGGCGAACUGUGGAAGGUUGGAGACUGGAUUCAUUUAUCGAACCCCAACGACGUCACCAAACCUAUUGUAGCCCAAAUUUACCGAACAUGGCAAGAUCCUGAGGGCCAAAAAUGGAUUAACGCUUGCUGGUAUUAUCGCCCAGAACAAACAGUCCAUCGCUUCGAGAAGCACUUCUACGACAACGAGGUGGUCAAGACUGGUCAAUAUCGAGACCACAAGAUUGAGGAGGUUGUCGAUCGUUGCUUUGUGAUGUUCUUUACGCGAUACAACAAAGGUCGACCCCGUGGAUUUCCCCCUGACAAGGAGGUUUACGUAUGCGAAGCUCGCUACAACGAGGAAAAGUUCAAGUUGAACAAGAUCAAGACCUGGGCUAGCUGUGUGCCAGACGAAGUUAGAGAGAGGGACUACGAGAUGGACUUGUUUGACGCCCCAAGAAAGAUGCGAAAAGUUCCCAGUCCGAUCAAGCAUCUCCUGCGGGAAGAUGCGAAGGAGGAUGAUCCAUUGCCGAAGCCAACUUGGGGGGCUCCCAAUGCACCGCCGAUCGUGGGUGCGGUGCACAGACGCCCUCGCGAAGCCAAUGAAUCACCACCACCCGAGCCGACUCCCUCGCCGCCUCCGCCCUCGCCUGAGCCAGUCCGCCGUCCAAUUGUGAGUGAUAGACCACGUUAUGAGAGUCAGGGCGAUGUUUCAAUGGCUGGAAACCUUGCUCCGGCUCCGCUCCCUUCCCCAUCAGCAAACCAGACCUCAGCCCACAGUGCUUAUAGUCAGCAAUUUGCCCAAACUCGUCCUUCCCCAUCUCCUGUCCCACUACUUCAACAGAGCUCCUAUGGUUCUCAUACCUCCUCGACCCAUUCGGCUAUGCCUCAAACGCCGCUCUAUCCAUCUCAAAACACCUACCCGCAAUACGCGCCGUCCCCAACUCCCGUCGCUCAACACGCCAACCCCAUGGGCAAUUAUAAUCUCUACCAAGGUGGUAGUGUAGCACCCCGACCAGCGAUACAAGCUUCGACGUCGCAUACUGGUCAGAGUGGCCAUACCAACACAUAUAACCCGCCUCGACCUACCGAAGUCUGGACCCUAGCCGACACCGCCAAUUCGUCAAUUCCACUGGAUAUCCGGGCCCAAUUUCAUCAUGAUGAAUACGGCAAGAUCAUCUUCUUCACAUCUCCUCCACUUGAUGCCAAUCCAGUACCCGAAGAGGUACAAAAUCUCGGUCACAGUUUGCGAUACCUUGCCGACAAAUCACGCAACAAGGAAGCAGACGAGAAGAAACGCAAGGCUCGCGAGAUUGAAUUAGAGACUGCAGCCACCGAGAGGUUGAAGUGUAUCAAGGCAGAUGAAGAGGGAAAUAAGCAAUGGAUCCUGGACCAGAAAGUAAAGGCGUUGAAGUCUUGGAGCACUGAGACUAACAAGGGUACUGACGAAUUGUACAAGACGCUGCAUGGUGAGAAGUGGCAGCAGGUGAGAGAACGUGAUCUUGCCAACUUGGCCGAACAACAAGAAUUGGCAUUCAACAAGCAGAAGGAACUUGAGAAGUUUCGGGAGGGGAGGAAGGCGAAGGAUGAGAUCAAGAUCACGGGAUUCAAGUGGAUUUAACUUGAUGGUUUGGGCUGUUGGUCUUUUCCUUAGCGACUGUUGGGAAACCUUGCCACAGUCGUCGGCAUCAUUGAGGGCUUCUGAGAGAGCGCUCCAUCGUACGAAGGACACGAGGCUUACUGAUCUGCUCGUUUUUGAUGCUGGAUCUUCUAGUAUGUUUCUUCAGCUCGGCUUUCAGAGUCGAGCGUGUACGAUUAUAAAGAUAAUGGUCAUAUCGGGGAGCCGGGAGUUAGUGGAAUGAGUGAUAGAUAUGAAUAAAUUGUUUCUGCUUUCUCAUCAUCGUGGGAUUAUCUGAACUAUGCGAG